ACAUGACCAGAAGUGUUUUGUAACUCUUCUCUGAACAUUGUUCCGAUGCAGUGAGUGUUGAAAAGAUCCGAACAGUAUCAAACGCCGUGGAGCCCAUUAAUCACAAGGAAAAUAUAUAUAAUGCUGGGGGUCCUCGUUAAAAGAGUAAGUUUGGUGGUGAACAGGGUAUACCAGGUGGUAUUGAGACCAACAUUGGCAUGCCCUGUUUCUACACGGGGUUACAAAGGAGAAGCAUCUGAUGACUCUAGGGGUGACCUAAUUGAGAUUCCCCUUCCUCCCUGGACAGAGAAGGAUGGCGAGACCAUGGACAUGAAGAGACGGCGCCUACUCUUCCAAAGCCGAAAGAGGGGCAUGUUGGAGAAUUGCAUAUUGCUGAGCCUGUUUGCCAAAAAAUAUCUUAACACAAUGAGUGAGACCCAAUUGAGACAGUAUGACCGACUUAUCAAUGAGCCUAGCAACGACUGGGACAUCUACUACUGGGCUACAGAGGCACAGCCCGUACCUAAUGUUUACGCAGGUGAGAUCAUGGACCUAUUGAAGGAGUUUACUAAGAAUAAGGAUCAGGAACAGAGGCUGGAUGCACCCAACCUGGAAUAUUUGGACAAGGGGAGCCAGUGAAACCUGGCUAAUGCUCCCCCCUAAGGACUGCUAUUGGUUCUAACAAGAGAAACACAUCUGGACAUAGGCAGCUCCUGCAGUAGGAUAUUAACCAGUCUGCCGGUAUAUAUUACUGGCCUCGUUCACAAGCUCAUCAUUACUUACAGAAAAAAUAUAUAAGUGUUGUGUGAUGGUGUAUAUUUGUUCUCAACAGAAAAUGAAAAAUGUACACACAAAUUUCAAUCUUGAUUAAAAUACAAAAUAAUUUCUGGAUUUAUAACCAUACUGAUGGCUCAUGGGCAGUUUACCCAGAGUAGGGAGCUGGGAAAAACCAUCAUUUAUGUAUAUAUCUUAACCUUCAAUCAGCUACAUGAUUUGAUUUGUAAAACAUCCAUCUUCCCCUAUUUCUUCCAUUUACGUUAAAAUCUAUAGCUUUGGGUUAUAGUACUGAAGAGUACAUUAAGACGUUAAAUGGUUGGAAUUUCUAUAAAAACUGGGAAAGUUGAGGUGUUCUAAAAUGUUUGAUUGGUUGUGUUUUGACCGCUUGUGUCUGUGUACCUCAGAACGUAUAUAUUAUGUGGCCAGUUGCACAGCUGAGACUACAAUAGGUUGUCCUUGUUUCAAAGGUGGGAUCUUACCUGUAUUUAGCUAACCAACCCUAGGUCAAAUUCUAAGCUCUGUAUAAGGGACUGUAGGCAGAGGUACCGUCUGUACUAUUGAGCAUGUUGCACAAGCUACAAGCAAACACCUCCUCCCGGAAUCCCUAGGAAUACCACCAUUUGGCACCAAAACAUAAGUAACAGAUCCUUCAAAUCCUGUAAGUUACAAGGUGGAGCCGCCAUGGAUCAGACUGGUUGGUCCAGCACAUCCCACAGAUGCUCAGUCGGAUUGAGAUCUGAAGAAUUUGGAGGCAGAGGAAACACAACUCUUCAUCAUGUUCCUCAAACCAUUUCUGAACAAUGUGCCCUUAAAUGGACAAUUGGUUGCCCUGCUGGUUCUAAGCCAGGUCUGUGUCAUUGUUACAUUAAUGAACAAGAGUUAAACAAAAGGCCUAGAUGUGGCAUUUGGAAUUUUAGUCUGUUGUGGUUUUCUGACAACAUCAGGGGCUGUCUCAAUGCCAGUAAAGCAGAGUAGAUUUUGAAGUUGCA